CGCGAACCUUUUGCUCCGAGUCCUUUACUAGUCGCGUGUUCCAGUCAUCUCUUUAACCCUCUGAGCCCUCAGUUUAGUGUUUAACGUUUUUAUCUGAUCCACUUGAUGGGGAAAUCGUAUGUAGUGGUCGUGGGUUUGAAGCCAGGUAUAUAUCCCAAUUGGAUAGAAUGCAGUGGACAAAUCAAACAUGUUCCACGCGCUGUUUAUCAAAGCUUUGAUACGUACGAGGAAGCUCUUGCAGUAUGGCAUGGAGCCUUGCAAAGGGGUGAAGUGGAGGCUGUCCGGCCAAAUCCAAGAGCUGGGUCAGCUUCUGCCACUAGAAUCAAGAAUGAGAUGGAUGGUAACAUGUACCAGCCGGUAACUCCGAGCAGGAUGGAUCGCAUCGGCGAUGCUCGUACUGUGCAGUUACCCCAGACGCCAUGGGAUGAUGUGUCCUUACUGCAUUCCCCACGCGAAGCGUUGCCGGCAGAACCGCCAACUGGGGUGACUCAGUACGUGGACCUGCCAGACGAUCCUUGGCUUCAGCCAAAAAGAGGGUUGUCACCCCAAGUCACCGUGGAGGAUACAUCGUACACAUCUUCAAGUUCUUGCGUAAACGAUGUGUCGCAUUUACUGAUGAGACCCCGCCCCACUCAUAUAAGAAGGGUCGAGACUUCCCCCACCUCAUCCAUGAUGUCCAUAGAGGGAAUAACAUCCCCUCGAGAUUUACGUCGACAAGCGACUGCUCCUGCGUCAUUCGAGACGGGAGCGCGGUACCCCACUCUUGAAGAGAUAUACAAAGACUGUCGAUAUUCGGACGACCAUCCCCUACGAUGCAGGGAUCGCCAAUGAGGGACAGGCACCGCAGCGUGGUGAUCGGUUGAGCAUGAUAUGAAGAUCAAUUCAAGUCUUGUCCAUCAGAAGGUGAUCGUUGUUUUGUUGAUAUAGAUUGUUGUUUAUGUUGGUCUUGUACUGUUCGAGAUACCUGGCUUCAAAAAUCUUGAUUCCUGAUGCCGGCUUGACUGGCAUAGUAGUAGGCCUCUCAUUGGUACUCGGCUUUAAAGCACACACUUUCUUGGUCAAAAGGCAGAGGGUGCAAGGUUAGCUUUGAACAACAUGACAUGAUGAUGGUCGAGAAAUUGACAACAAAGAUCAUCCUAAUCACGG